AUUUUCUCCAAGCCAACGACUUCAACGCCGCCUUCCCACUGGCCAAACGCAGAACUUCAUUGCUGGCCAUGACCCUGUCCAGAUGAUGUCUCUGACCAUACACUGAACUGCAAUUUUGAUUAGUCCGGGCAUCAUUUCCUGCCCUUUGCCAUCAUGGCGGCCUCGGGUCUCUCUUCUCCUCGGUCGCCAUCAAUCUCGACGACGACGGCGCCGAGGCCAUUCCCUACGAAUCGCGCAUACACUGCGCCUGACAAGAUGACGGUCAACGGCCAUUUUGCGUCCGCCGGUCAGAACGGCGAGGCCAAUUUCGAGCAUGGUGUACAGGUUAUUGAUGAAGACAAAGAGUUCAACCAGGAUUUAUCCAAGUAUCUGAACUAUGCGGGUGUUUCUCAUUCUGGAUUCAACUACCACCUAAUUUCUGUCUUCGGAUCGCAGUCGACCGGCAAAUCGACCCUCCUUAAUGGCCUCUUCGGUACCGACUUCUCGGUCAUGUCGGAAGCAGAACGCCGACAGACGACCAAAGGUAUAUGGUUGUCUAAGAACAAGAGGACGCAGACAGACAUGGCGGACAAUAUCUUGGUGAUGGAUGUUGAAGGUACGGAUGGGCGAGAAAGGGGCGAGGAUCAGGAUUUCGAACGCAAGAGCUCGUUGUUCGCGUUGGCCACGAGUGAGGUCUUGAUGGUCAAUAUCUGGGAGCACCAAGUCGGGCUGUACCAGGGCGCUAAUAUGGGUCUCUUGAAAACGGUCUUCGAGGUCAACUUACAGCUGUUUUUGAAGGACAGGAAGUCGACGUCACGCAGCCUGUUAUAUUUUGUGAUUCGAGAUUUCUUGGGAACUACACCGCUACAAAACCUACGAAAUACAUUGAUGCAGGAUAUGGGCCGGAUCUGGCAGAGUCUAUCAAAACCGCAAGGCUUGGAAAAGAGCAGUAUCGACGACUAUUUUGAUUUUGCGUUCACGGCACUUCCGCACAAGCUCUACCAGCCGGAUCAGUUCAAAGCAGAGGUCGCGAAGAUGGCAACCCGUUUCCGGGAGGGACACCGAGAUCGUCGAAGAGAUGCGCUGCUGGGCGAAUUUGAGGGUGGAGUGUUUCUCCCUGAAUAUCAUCGAAGGAUUCCGGCGGAUGGCUUUUCGCAUUAUGCAGAGGGUAUCUGGGAUCAAAUAGUGAACAACAAGGAUCUCGAUCUUCCUACACAGCAGGAACUACUGGCUCAAUUCAGAUGCGACGAGAUCAUGAGAGAGGUCAUGGUGCACUUCGACGAUACUAUCACUCCUCUCGAGACCCAGCAAGCGGAUUCAGCCAAGACAGGUUCAGCAGAAAUCAUCUCCGGUCUGGGCGCCGCUAUGAGGACGGCCCGAUCUGAAGCCAUCAAGAGCUUUGAGACAGAGGCUGGCAGAUAUCACAAGGGAGUCUACCAACGGAAGCGGACAGAGCUGGAAAGCAAGACCGACGCGAGACUCAAGGCGCUCUUUGCUGGCCAACUCACCGCUGCACACAAAAAUGGCGUCCAGCAGUUUAGUGAUGCUGUUAGUGGUGCCGUCAAAGCUGGUCAGAAGAAAGGUGCUUCAUACGACUUUGCCGAGAUUGUCAAGGAGCAGAAACAAAUUGCCUUGCAGAAAUUCGAGUCAAUCGCGAAAGAAGGUAUCAUCGAAGGUUUGCCAUGGUCAAAUUACAGACAGGAAACCACUCUGUAUCAAAAAGAUCUGGACAAAGUGUCGGGUCAAUUACGACGUGACGAAAUGCGCAGGUUAGCCACCAGAGUCGAAAGAUGGGUUCGAAGCAAGCUUAACGACAGCAUUGGACUCGAGUUCAACGCACUAGGCUCCGGUCGUGGUGGCUCCGGAGCCCCGGAACAUGGCGACAAGCCAACAGAAAAGGCCAUCUGGGACCGAAUAUGGGCGCUCUUCACCUCGACAGUCCAAGAGGCAGAGAAACGCUUCGCCGACCGAGCAGCUUCAUUUGACGCUAGUGCCGAAGAAGUCGAGGUUGGACGAUGGCGGCUACGACGCAAAUCCUGGGCCGUGCUGCGCUCGAAGAUCGACGAAGAAAUGAUGGAAGGUAAUCUCUUACUUAAGCUUCGUGAGAACUUCGAGGACAAAUUCCGAUACGACGAGGCUGGCGUGCCCAGGAUAUGGCGGCCCACGGACGACAUCGAAGGCGUGUACACCCGCGCCCGAGAGAGCACGUUGACGCUGAUUCCGCUGCUUUCACGGUUUCGACAUUCUGAGUCCGGCACGCCGCCUCCACUCGAUCGUUGGAUCGGUCCUACGCCAGCGGCCGCCACGGCUGCGGACGAAGAAGAUCUGACACCGAUUGGGGGCGUCGACGAGGAGGAAGGCAAGAGUUUAGAGGAGGAAACCACCAUCCUCACCGAAGCCAAGAGGCAAGACCUGACGGUUAGGUUCAAGAAGGCUGCUGAUGGGGUCUACGUCGAGGCCAAGCGUAGUGCGAUUGGCGGCAUGACGCAGGUCCCGUUAUACUUCUACGGGCUGUUGCUGGCGCUUGGCUGGAACGAGAUCGUUGCUGUGCUUAGGAACCCGGUGUACUUCAUAUUCUUGAUCCUCCUUGCCGUCGGGGCCUACGUCACGUAUACACUGAAUUUGUGGGGUCCGAUGUUGAAGAUGACCAACGCCGCGUCACAACAGGCCAUUGAAGAGGGGAAGCGGCGGCUAAGAGACUUCUUGGAAGAGAGUCCGACGGCCAGACAAGCCAUGGCGAUGUCUGGUAGGGAGGAGUUCGAAAUGAGCAAUUACCCUAAGCCUCCUGGGACUCAAAAGGUGAAGACGGACGGGGCUGAUGACGAUGAUGACGACGAGAUAUAGGUUGAUGAUUGGGAGAGCGUGCUUGGGCUUGAAGUUGGUAUCGUUAGUCGCAUGAGUAUGGCGGGUGUGUCGUGCCGCGCAAGUGUCUGGAUCGGAUCGCGGUGAGGUACGGCGAGAGGGGUAGUUUUUGGCAGUUCCCCUAUGCGAUGGGUGUAGGCAUUGGUAUAGAUUGAAUCCUGCAUAGCUACCUACGGAUAUUCGUACUUGAAGAGACGUUGACCUCGA